AUGACUGCCCUGUAUGAUUGGGAACAGCUUGCUGUGUUCCGUGCUCUGGAUGGACGAGCAUAUGUGGUAGAUGCCUAUUGCCCACACCUUGGGGCUAACCUUGCCGUUGGGGGCCACGUUGUAGGGAACUGCAUUGAAUGCCCAUUUCAUGGAUGGCAGUUUCGAGGAGAAGACGGAAAGUGCAUUAGAAUCCCAUAUGCUGAAAAAGUGCCAGACUUUGCAAAGAUUAAGACAUGGCCUUCAUGUGAAGUAAAUGGGAUGCUCCUUGUCUGGUAUCACUGUGAUGGUGUUGAUCCAAUGUGGGAUGUCCCAGAGCAGAAGGAGAUCACCUCAAAAGAGUGGGUGUAUCAUGGCCAAACAGAGCAUUUUGUCAAUGUACACAUUCAGGAAAUCCCUGAGAAUGGAGCAGACUUAGCUCAUCUAGAUGCUGUCCACGCAUCGGCUAUUUUGAAUGGAUCUGACCUGAGAUAUGUACGCUCCAAGCUGUGGGAUUUUGUGAAGCACACCUGGAAGGCAGAAUGGCAGCCAGAGCCAGAACCAAACAAUCACUGUGCCCGGAUGCUGAUUAAACAUGCCUUGACUGUGUUUGGAAAACACUUCUCCUUGCUGGAUAUCAAUGUUACAGCUAAACAGGUGGGGCCUGGGUUGGUCUUUCUGAUCUUUGACCAUGAAUUACUGGGCCAUGGGAUCAUUCUGCAUACUGUGACACCCGUUGAGCCUCUCCUGCAGCAAGUUACCCAUGAAAUCUAUUAUCAGAAAAGCAUGCCAGGAAUAAUCCCAAAAUUCAUUUUGAGAGCAGAGUGCAUACAGUUUGAGCGUGAUGUAGCAAUCUGGAAUAACAAGCAAUAUCUCUCUAAACCUCUACUGGUAAAAGAGGAUUCUGCAAUUCAGAGGUACAGGCGCUGGUAUGCUCAGUUUUACAGCGAGAAAAGCAAGAGAUUCAUGUUCCAGAAGGAUGGACUGGACUGGUAAAGAAAGCUAUCCCCUGGACAGAAGUGGUAGAAGACAUUUAAAGGACUGCUUUCCUCUCCAGUCUCUGAGUGCCAGUGGAGCUCAAUCAAGUUAAGACUCACUGGCCAUGUCUAUGCGAGGUACUUGCUGCACAGUAG